AUGAGUACACCUGCAAAUUAUACCCGUGUUCCAUUGUGUGAACCAGAAGAAAUCCCAUUGGAUGUCAAAAGAGAGAAUGAAUUUGGUAAACUUACUAGCCAAAAAUAUUUACAUCAAGUGGAGUCGCUCCAUGGCAGACCGCUUCAGAAGACAAUUAUAGAUGCUCCACCAUAUUACAUUUCAUUAUUGACAUACCUAAAUUAUUUGAUCCUUCUUAUCUUGGGUCAUGCUCAUGAUUUUCUCGGUGUUACUUUCCAAAGAAAUAAACAUUUGGAUAUCUUGGAACGAGAUGGAUUAGCUCCAUGGUACUCCAACUUCGAAAGUUUUUAUGUGAGAAGAUUGAAAAUGAGGAUCGAUGAUUGUUUUUCAAGACCAACCACCGGUGUUCCAGGGAGAUUUAUUCGCUGUAUUGAUAGAAUUUCUCACAAUUUGAAUGAGUAUUACACUUAUUCCGGAUCAACAACUAUGUGCUUGAACUUAUCAUCAUAUAAUUAUCUUGGUUUUGCUCAAAGUGAAGGACAAUGCACUGAUGCUGCCAUUGAAAGUGUUGAUAAAUACGGUGUUCACUCUGGUGGGUCUAGAACUCAGAUUGGUACGACUGAUUUACAAGUGUUGGCUGAAAAAUUAAUUGCGAAGUUUGUUGGUAAAGAGGACGCUAUGAUUUUUUCAAUGGGUUAUGGUACUAAUGCUAAUUUUUUCAAUGCAUUCAUGGAUUCUAAAUGUUUGGUUAUUUCUGAUGAAUUGAAUCAUACUUCCAUCAGAACGGGUGUUAGAUUAUCUGGUGCUGCAGUUAGAACAUUUAAGCAUGGUGAUAUGGAAGGUUUGGAGAAAUUGAUUAGGGAGCAAAUUGUUUUAGGUCAACCAAAAACUAACCGUCCUUGGAAGAAGAUUAUUAUUUGCGUAGAAGGUUUAUAUUCCAUGGAAGGUACUUUAUGCAAUUUGCCUGUUUUAGUUGCUUUGAAGAAAAAAUAUAAAUGUUAUUUGUAUGUUGAUGAAGCCCAUUCUAUUGGUGCUAUGGGUCCAACAGGCCGUGGUGUUUGUGAACUUUUUGGUAUUGAUCCAAAGGAAAUUGAUGUCCUCAUGGGUACUUUAACGAAGUCUUUUGGUGCCGCUGGUGGGUAUAUUGCAUGUGACAAAUGGAUUAUUGAUAGAUUAAGACUAGAUAUUUCAACAGCAAGUUAUGCUGAACCUUCUCCACCUCCAGUAUUGGCUCAAAUCGUCUCAUCUUUGCAAACCAUCAUUGGUGAUAUUAGUCCUGGUGAAGGUACGGAGAGAUUACAACGUAUUGCCUUCAAUUCUCGUUACUUGCGUUUAGGUUUGCAAAGAUUAGGUUUUAUUGUUUAUGGUGUUGCUGACUCUCCAGUUAUUCCAAUGCUUCUAUAUUGUCCUUCCAAGAUGCCUGCCUUUUCAAGAAUGAUGCUACAAAGAAAGAUUGCAGUGGUGGUGGUUGCAUAUCCAGCUACACCUCUGAUUGAAUCUAGAGUAAGAUUUUGUAUGUCUGCAUCAUUAACUAAAGAGGACAUUGAUUAUUUACUUCGUCAUGUUGAUGAAGUUGGUGAAAAGUUGAAUUUGAAAUUAGGGUCAGGGAAGUCAAGUGUCGAUGGUAAGCCUCAAAGAUGGGACAUUGAAGAAGUAAUUAGAAGAACCCCAGAAGAUUGUAAGGAUGAUAAAUAUUUCAUAAUAUGA